CCGUUAAGAAAAGAAACAACGAAAAAAUGCGCUUUGCUACGCUAUGUCAAGUCUUAGUUUGUUUAUUUAUAUGUCAAAUAAAUGACAUCUAUGCCUUUGGUCGGAUAUAUACAACAGCAAAUAACAAACAAUAUUUUAUAGAAGCGGGCCAAGAGUACACCUGGUUUGAUGGUUUAAGCAGAUGUUUGAAAAUGAACAUGAAUUUGGUUACAAUUGAAACGGAGGCUAAAUCACAAGAGAUAAAUUCGCUGGUGGAAAACACUUUUGGCAAACCCGUCAAACUAUGGGUGGGUGGAGUGAUGACUCAUUUCCAAGAUGCUCGUCAAUAUAUCUGGAUUCAUACGGGUCUACCAUUCAGUUACACCUAUUGGAAUGGUGAAAAUCCAGAUUUUUAUAACAAUGCCGAAUAUUGUGUACAAAUUGGUUGGGGUCCUAAUAUGGAAUGGAAUGAUAAAUACUGUAACUCCAGACUGGGUUUCAUUUGCGAAUAUGCCCAAAAUACCGCCAUACACAAUCAACAAUUAAAUGGCAAUGGCAAAGAAUUGGAGAACAAAAUUGAGCAGUUACAGCAACAACUAAAAGAUCAUGUGGAGCUUAAGGAUCAGUGGCAAAUGGCAACAGCCAAAAGAGAAUUCAUAUUACAAAAUGAGCUGCAACAGCUUAAGGAACAAUUAAAGUUGCAAAAGAAAGAAACAGAAGAGUAUGUCCUAAGGGAAGGAAACUUAAAGAACCAUUUAUGGGAAUUGCGUAACAUUUUGCAAGAACUUAAAGAAAAAUAUCAAAAAAAACUCAAUAAGAGCUUGCAGACAGAAUUAAGAGAGAAAUUAUUGGCAGCCGAGGCAAAAAAUAAUCAAUAUGAUGAUAAUAUUUAUGAUGAUUAUGGUGACAUAAUGUAUUAAUACAAAAAAAUAAAUAUGCGAUCUAUUAACAUUGGAAGUAAUAAAUAAAAGAAAUUUGGGUUUUCUUGCUAAAAUAUUCAAUAAAAAAUGUAAAUCUUU